AUGUCCCGUGAUAAUAAGAUGAAGGGUCUUCUUAAAGGGUUGAAAUUCAUUUCUCAGAUAUUUGAUAGUAAUGAAAAAGAACCAGAAAUUGAGAUCGGUGUUCCCACAGAUGUAAAACAUGUGGCACAUAUUGGAUGGGACGGUCCUACUGAAAAUGCUCCCAGCUGGAUGAAUGAGUAUAAUUCUGUUUCAGGACUUUCAUCAUCAGCUCCUCUAAAUAUGAAUGGAGAUAGAGUCACCGAUGAUUCAGACAAUUGGGUCCGCCAAGACUCGAUAAAAAGAGGUUCAAGGUCGAUGCAUCUUCAAGAUAACACACAUGCGUUACCUUUACCUAAAUCAUCUAAGAAUCAAUCAAAUUCGAGUGGAAACUCGAGAGAGAUACAUGCAAAAGAAAAAGCAGACAAACCAAGACCAAAGAGAAAUUCAAAACAUUCAACACCAAAUGAUACUUUAAAUGAAUCCAACCUCACAGCAAGAGAAUUACCUCUACCAAUGGAUACAGAUUCUCUCCGACACCAAGAAACUACUGAUGAUAAUUUGCCACCUAAGAUCCAAACAGACAACCCUAAAAGGACUAAUUACAAGAAAACAAAAGAUGUUCAAGGUGUUAGUGGAUCAUCCAAAUCUAGAUCAAAAUCCCAACUUAAGGAGCACAAUUCCAACGAAGACAUGCAUUCAAUAACUAACGACCAAAUUUCCAAAGAAGACGUGCAUUCAAGAACAAUUUCUAAAUCUAGGGAACAUAAAGCUAAAGAAGGAUCUCAUUUGAGGUCCAAUUUAAAAUCUAGGGACUCUAACUUGAAUGAAAGACGCUCUUCAAGACCUAAAACCAAACAUAGACUCAAUGAAGAAGAUGGAGAAUUUGAGACAGAAUCUGAUAAUGAUAAAUUGAGUAAUUGUCCAAACUAG